AAGCAGGGGGAAGGCACGUGCGGAGCUGCACGUGUCCUGGAGGGGGAAGGGGCGGGACCCAGUGGGAGGGAGCCGGAGGUGGGUAGCAGAGACCCGAGAGUCUGAGUAGGAGCUGCAGACAGCCUGAACUGAACCGACUGACACAGUUGCAGGUCCCGAUCUUUGGGUACUCCGGGAGCUGCUCUCCAGACCCUGCUUCUGAACCUAUGGAUUCUCCAUCUAGCGUUUCUUCCUAUUCUUCCUACUCUCUUUCGUCCUCUUUUUCCACCUCCCCAGUGAACAGUGACUUUGGCUCCCCCUCUGAUAGUGAGGGGGAGGACAAGUGGGCUCCUGGCCCCAAGCCAGACACUGUUGGGCAGAAGGAAGGUUCUCGGCCCAGCCCUGGUCCUAUCCGCUGCAGGCAACGACCCAAGGUUUCCAGUAACCAACAUGUAGCAUCUCACUCGGAACAGCGGGGCUUGGCUUCUUCUAUGUCAGGAUCUGGGAUCAAAAGAUCAAGAGAUGGUGAACUGGAGACCUGUAUAAACAUCCAGGGUUGUACCACAGAAGGAGACCUGCUCUUUGCUCAGAAGUGUAAAGAGCUCCAAGGAUUCAUACCCCCUCUCACAGACCUACUGAAGGGGCUGAAGAUGGGUCGAUUUGAGAGAGGACUGAGCACUUUCCAGCAGAGUGUGGCAAUGGACAGGAUCCAGCGUAUCUUAGGAGUUUUGAAGAAGCCACAGAUGGGAGAGCGUUAUCUAGGAACUCUGUUACAGGUGGAAGGAAUGUUAAAGACCUGGUUUCCUCAUAUAGCUGCCCAGAAGUCAUCAUUGGGUAGUAGCAGGCACCAGCUGACCAAGUAUUUUCCCAGCCACCACAGUUACCCAGCUGCUUCCUCUCCUGCACCUUCCAUGGAAAAGAUGGACCAGACACAGCUAGGACAGCUAGUAUUAAAACCAAAGCAGCCUUGGCACCUCACCGAAUGGCCAGCUAUGAACCUCACUUGGAUCCACACUACUCCAAUUUGCAAUCCCCCUCUCAGUUCCCCAGGUACCAUCUCCUUUAGCCAUGGUCCUUUAGGCACUGGAACCAGCAUUGGUGUCAUCCUUUUCCUCCAGCAUGGAGUACAGCCCUUGACUCACUCAGCCCCAAUCACUCCAGUUCCAUCUACGACAGCAUCUCCUGUCAUCCCUGGUAAUCAUCAGAAACUAUCUGCAGAGGGGUCUUAUUAUCACAAUUUGCCAGUAACUCUGCCAUCAAACUGUAGCUGUGCCCUUUCCCCUCCUGGUCUGCCCGCCUCGACCAGAGAGGUGACCACAGGACACCUGGAACAGAUGAGAGGCCAUCCUCCAGUUGCUCCUGCUGUCCAUCCUCUCGACCCCUAAUCCAGGACCUGAGACUGUAGUUUCUAAUUUGUGUCAAUAUAUGUCUCUAUUUUUUUUUUACUUUUAAUGUGUGCAUUUGUGUUGAAGAAAGAGAAAUCCUUUAUGAUUAAAUACAUUUUAUAGCUAAA